AACUGCGCAUGCGCGUGAUAGGACUUCCUGGUCGAGCUCCAAGCAUCCCGGCGGAGUUAACCAGAGACGCGAAAACAUUUUGUAUUUUAGGCAAACCAUCCGUCAGUAGAAAUGUUUUUGGACUUGGACGCCAGUGGGUUCGCCAAGCCGACGGUUGGAGUCGGGAUAGCAGUUGUUUCUAGUUUAAUAAACGGCUCGACGUUUGUGCUGCAGAGAAAAGGAAUACUACUCGCGCGAGAAAGAGGUGUUUCGUACCUCAAAAAUGUGGUUUGGUGGAGUGGCACUCUGUCCAUGCUUGUAGGUCAAAUUGGGAAUUUCCUGGCCUACAACGCGGCCCCCGCUGUGAUGGUCACGCCACUGGGAGCCCUGGGGGUUCUGUUUGGGGCCGUGCUGUCGUCGUGGAUCCUGGGGGAGCACAUGAACGCCCUGGGGAAGCUCGGCAGCGUGUUGUGUUGCGGCGGCUCCGUGGUGCUCGUCCUGCACGCGCCCGCCUCAGAGAGCGGCGUGACGUCACGGCAGGAGCUGGAGGAGAGGCUGGCCGACCCAGUCUUGCUGAGCUUCCUGCUGGCGGUGGUGCUGAUGCUGGCGGUGCUGAUGGGAUGGAUGGUUCCUCGGUACGGCCACUCCAACAUGGCGGUCUACGUGUCCAUAUGCUCCCUGCUAGGCGUCUUCACCGUGCCCAGCAGCAAAGGACUCGGCCUGGCGGCACGCCACGUCUUUGGCGAGGAACCGCGUGACAGCCACGCCCUUGCCCUUUUCCUGGGGCUCUUGGGAGUGCUGGGCACCGGCGUCCUGCUCCAGUUUUACUACAUCAACAAGGCGCUGGAGUCUUUCCGCUGCGACGCCUUCGAGGCCGUUUACUUUGCGGCCUUCACUUGUGCCGUCCCGCUGGCGUCGGCGCUGGUCUUCAGGGAGUGGGCGGCGCCGACGGCAGUCGACGGCCUCGCCGUACUUUGUGGCGUCACCACGGUGUGCGUCGGCGUCGCUCUGCUCAGAAUGUCUCAGGAGGCUUCGAUUUCCUGGGAGGACACGAGGACUCGCCAGAAGACGGACUGAUUGUGGGUCUUACGCCUUACUCUGCUUCUUUUUACUGCUAAGGACACAUAUUACUUUUAAACAUAAUUAAAAAGUCACUUAGGUUCAACCCAGGGGUCUGAAACCCAAAAUGGUGAAAGAGCCAUACUAUACAAAAAAGAGCAAAAAUACAAGGAAACUAAUCUGUCUGGAGCCGCAAAAAAUGUAUCUCCUUAUUAAAGUGUUAUAAUGAAGACAACACAUGUUAUAAGUGCCUAUAUUAGCCUACUAUCAAAAUGACUUUCAAAAGUCUUAUAUAAGUGUUAUAAAAUAAAAUACAUUCUGAAAGAACUUGAGCUGAAACAAAAUAUAUUUAAAAUACAUCUUGAAAUAGCUUAAGAUGAAACAUUUUUUUUAAUAAAAUACAUCCUGAAAUAACUUCAGAUAAAACUAUAUAUCUUAUUUAAAAUACAUCCUGAAAUAACUUACGACAAAACAAAAAUAUUACAUUUAAAAUACAGCUUGAAAUAAUUUAAGAUUAAGCUAAUUUUGUUAAAUAAACACAUGAUGUGUUUAUAUUAGCCUACUAUCAAAAUGACUUGAAAAAUCUUAUAUAAAUGUUAUGAAAAACAUCCUGAAAUAACUUUAGAUAAAACAAAAUAUAUUUAAAAUACAUCCUGAAAUAACUUUCAAUAAAACUAAAUAUUAUAUUUAAAAUACAACCUGAAAUAACUUUUGAUAAAACAAAAUAUAUUUAAAAUACGUCCUGAAAUAACUUUCGAUAAAACUAAAUAUUAUAUUUAAAAUACAUUCUGAAUUUUUUUUAAAUAAAACUAAAUAUCAGAUUUAAAAUACAUUCUGAAAUAAGUUUUCGAUAAAACUAAAUAUUAUAUUUAAAAUACAUCUUGAAAUAUCUUUUAAUAAAACUAAAUACAUUCUGAAAGAACUUGAGAUAAAAAAAAAAUCUUAUAUUUUAAAUGUAUCUUGAAGUAAUUUAAGAUGAGACAAAUUUUUUUAAAUAAAAUACUUCCGGAAAUAACUUUUGAUAAAAUUAUAUAUUAUAUUUAAAAUACAUCCUAAAAUAACUUUUGAUAAAUUAAAUAUCAUAUUUAAAAUACAUUCUGAAAGAACUUUCGAUAAAACUAAAUAUUAUAUUUAAAAUACAGCCUUAAAUAACUUUUGGUAAAACUAAACAUUACAUUUAAAAUACAUUCUGAAAGAAAUUGAGAUAAAACUAAAUAUUACAUUUGAAAUACAUCUUGAAAUAAUUUAAGAUUAAACUAUUUUUUUAAAUAAACUACAUUCUGAAAUAACUUUGAUAAAACUAAACAUAUUUAGAAUAUAUAAUGAAAUAACUUUCGCUAAAACUAUUUAUUAUAUUUAAAAUACAGCCUGAAAUAACUUUCAAUAAAACUAAAUAUUACAUUUAAAAUACAUUCUGAAAAAACUUGAGAUAAAACUAAAUAUUACAUUUAAAAUACAUCUUGAAAUAACUUAAGAUGAAACUAUUUCUUUAAAAUAAAAUACACAUCCUGAAAUAACUUUUAGAUGAAACUAAACAUCAUAUUUAAAAUAAAUCCUGAAACUCUUUCGAUAAAAAAGAUAUAUUAUAUUUAAAAUACAUACUGAAAGAACUUCCAAUAAAACUAAAUAUUGUAUAUAAAAUACAUCCUGAAAGAACUUAUAUAAAACAUAAUAUUAUAUUUAAAAUACAGUCCAAAACUACUUGAGAUGAAACAAAUUAUUAUUUUUUAAAUACACCCUGAGAGAACUUUAAAAAUAAAUAUAUGUAAAAUACAUCCUGAAAGAACUUUACAUAAAAAUGUUACCUUUUUUGUUUUUUUUGCAAAUAAAUGACAUGCUUUCAAGUAAAACGUUUAAAAAUUGUCCUGGACGACAUUCCAACAAUAAUAUUGCAUUUUGGCUCUUUUGUUAAGCGUAUAUGCAACCCUGUGAUUAAUCAUGAUUAAUCCAAAUGACAAAAUGUGAUUAAAAAAAUAUUUUGACAUCUAUGGUGAGAAUUUUUUUUAAAAUCAAAAUAAAUUGCGUGAUCAAUCUUAAACUACAUAAUUAUUGCAAUAUUUUUGGUCAUUAAUCACAUGAGUUGUUAUUUUCAAAAGCUCUAAUUUAAAUAUUUGCAAUAGAAAGUGGGGGAAGCAGGUGUGAAACAUUCGACCUGCACUCAACUGGCUGUCAGCCCAGUUUGAUGACGUUGGUCGCCAUGGUAACAGUCAUUCGACACCAUUAAAACGUGAUGCAGUACCGUUAUUCACCACUAUUACACGGGGGGUCCAAACUUUUGCAACUGAGGACCGCACACAGAAAAAUUAAACCAUUCGGGGUUCUUUUUUUUUUUUAAUAAAUACAAUAUAUUGAUUUUUUGUACCCCUUUUUUGUGCUCCCCCCAAAUCCCAGGCACCCUAAAGACUGUAAUAAAAAAUUUAAAAAAUAA